AUGGAUUAUCUUAAGGAUCGGUCCGAGUACUUUGAUAUCGAUGCUGACUUCAAGCCUUUACCGAAGUAUGGACAUUUAUCCAAGAAAACGCCAGAAUACAUAGCAGCUGAGUCCGCUAUCGAUGCUGUGCAACGUUCAUUUUGGGCAUCACCCGACUUUGCGGCCUUUCGACGGGCUGCAGGCGACCCGGAUGCUGCUAUGCCCCCUGAUGGGCCCGAUCGGUAUCGCGAUAUCACCACCGAGCUCCUACAAUUUCCUGCACGCGACGGUCACUUAAUUGAGUUGAAAGUGUACAAAUCUCCACAUGUUGCACCGAACGCGACUCUAGUCUACCGUAUGCACGGUGGUGGCUUCGUGGUUGGACGACAUGAGGUAGAUGGUGCCGAGAAUGUUUACGCCGCUAUGAAUCCCAAUAUCGUCGUCGUGAGCGUGGAUUACAGAUUAGCGCCGGAGUUCCCCUUUCCACGACCAGCGGAAGAUUGCUACGAUGGAUUAUUAUGGUGCAAGAAGAAUGCGAAAUCUCUUGGAAUCAAUCCCGAGAAGAUCAUUGUUGCUGGAAGCAGUGCCGGAGGCAAUCUCGCUGCGGCCAUGGCCAUUAUGGCCAGAGAAAAUGACAUUACCGGAAUUAUCGCCCAAGUGCUUCACUUUCCCGUUGUCUGUCAUCCCAAAUUCUUUCCCAGGGACCAGUAUGAGUACGGCAGCUACGUUCAAAACUCGGAAAAUCCCGUCCUUGGAAUCCUGAGAAUGGAGGCUUUCCUUAACGCCUAUAAUCCCAAUCCUGAACCUGACUACAGGCAUUCGCCACUAAUCGCAAAAUCGCACGCAAAUCUUCCUCCAGCAUUGGUACAAUGUGCAGGUGUUGAUGUUCUCCGAGACGACGCUUUCGCAUAUGCCGAAGCCUUGAAGCUGGCCGGUGUUGAUGUUGAGAUAUAUGGUUAUCAGGGCGUGCCUCACUGCUUUCCCGCUGUCAUCCCGACUCAUCCUAGCACACCGGUGUUUUAUAAGAGGUAUAAUGAUUUUCUGAAGAAGCAUGCGACUAGUUCCAGCUAGGAGGGAUGAAAAUGGUGUUUAACCAAAGCGUCGAAGAAUAGGUAUAACCCCCUGAAAGCUCCAGUUGUUCCAGAACAGGUUAUAGAACACGAACUUCACCUAACGCACACUAAACUAAGAUUUUGCAUCAGUACAAGGGAAACUUACAGUAGCAUCCAUGCUAAUCCACCUUGCGCUAAUCCUAUGCUAGAUUGGGAUUGGAUUGGAUAUCCAUCGGCUUGGCACCAAACUUAGCCCUGAGCUACGCGGCGCAGGAUCUCAAUCACGCAAUUUUACAUGUUAA